AUGUUUUUCUUCCUCUCUCUCCGCGAAUCCGCCCAAGGGGGCCGCAUCGAACCCGACAUCCUGCCCUCCUCAUCCUCAACAAACGGCCUCGUAAAUCCAAGCUCCUCCACCAAAUCUCCUCGCCAAUUCUCGACCUCCGCCUUCCGCUCGUACAUCACACAAUGGGAUCUUAGCGAUAAGCCAUCAUUCGCCCGACGCUGCGUAUGUUUGCUCGCGUUCGUGCUACACUUACCGAUUAAUAUUCUGUCGAUCAUGAGCUAUGGUGUUAGUUUAUGGCUGUUUCUGGAGGUCGUGUUUAGUCUUUUGAACUUGUUCUGUGUUGGAUACGCGUUGUGGAAGUUGGACGUGAUGAGAGGGCAGAGAGUCUUCUUCAAUGGGAUCUACAAGCGCCAUAAUUUUGACUACGUGAUUCUCGGUCUUGUACUUGUUUAUGGGGGGUUCUUCGUCGCGCUGCUCACUUUGAGAAUGACCGCAUUGAAUUGGCAUUACUUCAUUCGAAUCGUCUGGCCAUGUGCGAUUGCAGCAGAUAUUGUGUGCUUUAUCGCUGGUUGGGUGUCUACUUGGAGGGACAUUACGCUCGGGUAG